AUGCCCUCCCGUUGUCAGCAAUCCCGGCGUCGCAGUCUAUCUCGCCCUGUGGGUGGCUAUGUGGACAGCAGCACUCUGGCCUACCGGAUACAGUACAUAUUUGAACCGCCUGGCCUAGGUGCUAGCUGGGGCCAUCACCCGCGCGCCGAAAUCAGCGUGCAUUAG